UGGGAGUCAGAUUGUAAAUAUUACAAGUGAAGAAAAGCGCAUAGGUCCACAUAUUUAGUGGCCUUAACAUGGUUCACACGUGUGUAGUGGCUGGUUGUAGAAAUAGGAGGACUCCUGGGACCACAUUAUCCUUCUACAGAUUUCCACGGGACCCUGCGCGGAAAAAGCGGUGGAUUGCUGCUGUGAAUCGAGAGGGAUGGGUGCCAAACGAGGGAAGUAGACUCUGCAGCACUCACUUCAUUUCAGGAAAACAAGUGAAGAAUCCUAGAUCUCCAGACUAUGUACCUUCAGUUUUCACUUCAGCGCCAAUGUCCCCAAAUAUGAAGGAAGCAAGUGUCUGUGAACUUUAUGAUAAACAAGAGGCACAAGUGGAGGCAGCCAAUGCUUUGCUCUUCUUACAAGGACAAGGACGUUUCUUGGAGGACCAUGGCCAGAUCCAAAGUCAAGAAGAGCCAGAGAGUGUUUUCUCUUCACUAAGCAGUUGUGAUGAAGAGGAGGAUGAUAAUGAUGAAGAUGAUGACAAAGAGGAAGAAAACUCACUGACAAGUAUAAGCCCAGGAGGAGGAAAGCCAGUCAAAAACAUCUCCACCAAGUCCCCCGACUAUGGGACCAGUCUUGAGGCCCUUAAGAAAGAGAAUAUGGAACUGAGGGAAUCAUUAGAAAAGAUAUCUCUCACUGAGGCAUCAUUCAGAAAUGAUCCAGAAAAGGUCAGAUUCUAUACAGGAUUGCCGAACUAUUUUGUAUUCGAGACGGUGAUGUUGCUUCUUGUGCCCCACAUUAAAGGGGACAAAAAUGCGAAACUUUCAAAGUUCCAGCAACUACUAUUGACACUUAUGCGACUAAGGCUUGAUCUUAAAAACCAAGAUUUGGCCUAUCGUUUUGGGGUGAAGGUUGCCACGGUGACCAGGACUGUCCACCGGAUUAUUAACAUAAUGUUCGUCACCCUUGUGCCCACUACUGUUUUCUGGCCUUCUAGAGUGGAGCUCAGGAAAAAUCUUCCUGCAUCUUUGCGCUCCACAUACCCAGACUGUGCAGUGAUUAUUGAUUGCUUCAAGGUGUCUCUGGAAAAAGCUGUCAGUGUAGAUGUAAAUCAACAGGUUGCAUCCACAGCAUCAACUGUGCCCACUCAGUCCACCCAGUCAGCCAUGGUAGAUGAGUUGAAGUAUGUGAUUGGUGUUGCUCCACAAGGUGUGGUCACAUUUGUCUCAAGGGGAACACCGGGUCAUGUCAGUGACAAGAAUCUAGUAGAGAGUUGUGGCCUCCUCUGUAAGCUCCUUCCAGGUGAUGUUGUGCUGGCUGAGUGUGACUUCGACAUUGGGGACUUGGUGGGUGCUUGCAAAGCCGAACUCAAAAUCACUAGUAGAAACUACAUUGAAAGUAGCCAGAGUGGUCAGGAUGGAGAAGAUUCCUUACUUUUCAGCACAUUUUCAGAUAAGGCGGAUGUUCACCGGCAUGUUGGACGGGUAAUAGAAAUGGUCAAGAGGAGAUACUCUAUGUUGACCGGACCGGUGGAGAGUCCCUUCACAGUCAUAGAUCGCACUACCAAUGUGAACACUUUCGAUAAGAUCGUGCAGGUUGCCUGUGCCUUGAAUAAUCUGUGUAUUUCUGCUGCUCCCCUGGAGUGAUCUCUCACUCUAUGAAAUACAAGUUUCUCAGCUGUUUAAAAGUGAUCUUGACCUGUAUAUUGGCUAAAUGCACCUUUAUUUUUCCCAAUGUAAGCAGAACACUUUACCUCGUUUGUCUCUGUUGUUAAAGGGGGAUUUGAACAUUUCUAAGAACAUUUUAUGCAACCUAAGGACCAGUUUACACUAAACAUAUUCAUCGGGCUCAAUUCAAUGGACUGUCUACUGUUUCUCUCUUUGUCUCAUUUUUUAUAAGGAACUUCCUUAUUAUCUAGUCUCUAGGCUGACUUUGUAGAUCCUCUAAUUUGAUAAAUCAUUCCAUCCAUAGCUUAAAUUUAAUCUGGUAUUUUUAGGAGAGCAGAGGCUGUAUGCUGAGAAUUUAAAAUAUUCUAGUCACUGAACGAGACAUCUCUGCUAGAAUAGUCAUAUAUUAGCUGCCUUUAGGUUUCAGUGCCUUCACCUGUGUAAUGCCUAUACAAUAUUUUUUUUUUUUUUUUUUUGCUGUAUAGAUAUUUUUGCAUUAAAUCAACAGUCCUUUAGUGCCUUGAUGGCCUUACAUUGUACCACUCUACCAUGUAUUGUUAUUGGAUGUUAGUACCACAACAUUACAAAUUAGUUAUUUGCAUUCCUAUGUGAUUGAUGUUGUUUUAAAUCAACACAUUAUCAUUUAGCAUGAUAUAUGUACUCAAAUAUUUUAGCCUAUUUUUUUUAAGAUUUGCGCAUUUCAAUUUUUUAACAGUAUUCCAUCAAAUUGAGUUAUCUUCAACAAAAAUAAAUGAUUAAAACUCAUUAAUUUCAAUUAGUUAAAGAUUACUCUAUUUAAUUUGAUGGAAUUUUGUUAGAAACUGAAAUUUUGCCUGACAUAAUGUGUCAGUACUGUUUCCCCAGCUAUCACUUAACUUUGUUUGUGUGUUCUGUUUAUCUAUAUGUGGUUUGUGAAAGUGAUUAUGCUUAUUUUGUUUAGUUUUUUUUUACUUGAUUUUUGUUAUCAAGCUGCUUUACUCAUGUGUCCUGUGUGCAGAUUUCACCAACAUGACUGGAAUAUAAUGUAGGCUACCAUCCUGUUGUAUAACAUGUAUGAAUAUGUCUGUCCAUAAACUGUUGAGUACUUGUUAUUUGGAUGAAUUUGGACUUUUGUUACUCUUCAUUCAUUAGAAUUUCAUUAACUUGAGUCAGACACAGUACAUUUUAAUUUUGCAUAAACUGUUUAUGAGUCAUUGUCAUUCACCAGAACAUGUCAGAUAUCUUAAGCAGAAUGUUUUGUCUCAUAAAAGGU